ACAAGAACUCUCAACAAGCCAACAUGAUAGACGAUCUAUAGCAGCACCAUUUUCUGCAUUGAGCAAAAAAUCAUUCGCAGAUCACUACUCUAUUAGGAAAUCGUUCGGAAUUCCACCUUCGGCCCUACAUAAUUUUCCGAAACAAGAUAUAUCACGAAAUCAUAACAAUUUCAAGAAAAAGUUUGAGGGAACUCCUUCAACAACAAUACUUGAAAUAUCUCGAAUGACAACUCCAGCUCAAAAAAUUCCAUCUCGCAAAACCAUAUCAUUAGUGGAAGAUGGAUCGGCAGUACCAUACUCUGUUCAUCUAAAUCGGGCUACAAUGAGGCCUAAUUUAUCAACGACUGAUCAAAGUGUUUCACAUGGUACCGAAAAUUUACAAAGAUAUUGCGAAUCUUUGGUGGAACCUAUGAAGAAUUUGAAUCUGCGAAGGUUAUCAAGGAAGACUAUAUCAAUAACUAGUUUGCCAAACUCAGAAGUAGAUGUACCCACAGCGAAACAACCUGAAGCUUUAAAACACAUCGAUACACUAUUGCAAGAUGUGUCACUCGAGAGAAAAGAGAUCACAUCACCCGUAGACAAAUUGCGUAGUUCUCAACAGGAAACGGACGACCCACUCAUAGGAUCGGGAGAACACAUGAAUGCCAGUGGUCAGCCUUUAUCUCGUUUGACGAGUGAUAAUGCUGAUGGACUUUCAGGUGCAAACAACGAUGCAGCAAACUCAAAUUUGAUGCACAAUGUCAACAGCACAUCUCCAAAGACGAUAGAAGACAUACUUGCUUUGGCGAUAUCCAUUCCAUUGCCACCAAGCCCUCCGACUACAGAAAAAGAUACUAUA